AUGGAAGAACCAACAAACAAAUUUCUAGAUCUCAAUACCCUUCCAUCUUUUGAGAGUGAAGCUAAUUUUGAACAUGAAGAAGAUGUUUUAUCUCAAAUUAUUGGAAGUUCCGGAAGUCAAGAAAAUAUACAUGAAGGUGGAGAAAUAAAAUCCAAAACAGUAAAAGUAUUAUCAAAUGAACAGAGAAAUGCUAUUUACUUGGCUUUACGACAGAGAAGUGUGAAUGGAAAAUUAAAGAAAUAUACCACCAGAGAAGUUGCUACUCUAUUCUCUGUAUCCAUCCGCACUGUUCAACGUAUCUGGAAGCGAGGAAAGGAAAAUAUUCAUGAUGGUGUGGCUGAUAGAAAAACAAUUCGGGAUGCAGCUCAUGCCAUGAAUGUGAGCACGUGGAUUAUAUACAGAAAUCUACAAUCGGGUGAUGUAAGGUGGCACACCAAUUCUACAAAACCAUUUUUAACUGAGGAGAAUAAGAAAAAUAGAUUGCAGUUCUGUCUAUCUAUGCUUGAUAAAGAAAGUUUGCAAGAUCUAAAAUUUGCUGAUAGGUUCAAUAUUGUUCAUAUUGAUGAAAAGUGGUUUGAUUUGUCAAAGAAAACAGAGACUUAUUAUAUGUUGACGGAUGAAGAGGAGCCUCAUCGGGAAAUUGGUAUUUACCCAUUUGUUACAAAAGAGCCUGCCAAGCAGAGUAGUGUAAACAGAGUUGCUGAAACACUUGAGACAAAAGCUAUGACUUCAGUUAAAAGAGACACUAUAAGAUCUUUUUUCACUCAAAAGGUGCUGCUUGAUAUUAGAGCAAAAUGGCCACGUGAAGACAUUGAUAAGCCUAUAUUAAUCAUUCAGCAAGAUAAUGUAAAAACUCAUGUGGAUACUAAUGAUGUUGAGUUUUGUCAAGUUGCACAACAAGAUGGUUUCGAUAUUCGUUUAAUGUAUCAACCUCCAAACUCUCCUGAUAUGAAUGUUUUGGACUUGGGCAUUUUCAGAGCACUUCAAUCCUUGAGGUACAAAAGGGCGGCAAGAACAGUAGUUGACAUUGUUCGUGGCGUAGAGGAAACAUUUGAAGCCUAUCCCAUUGACAAGUUGAAUCGUAUAUUUUUGACAUUACAAUUAUGUAUGAGGGAGACUAUGAAAGUGAAAGGUGUCAACAAUUAUCAACUUCCACAUAUCAACAAAGAUGCUUUGCAGCGACAGGGGAUAUUACCCAUUCAAAUAAGAUGUAACAUUGUUAACCAAGUUUUGCAUUGA